AUUAAGUUCCUUAUGUCUUCCCCAAAAAUUGCUUCCCUCUCCUGGGGACAGAUGAAAGUACAAGGCUCUACUAAAACCUAUAAGGACUGCAAAGUGUGGCCAGGAGGCAGUCGAGCUUGGGAUUGGAGAGAAACAGGAACUGAGCAUUCUCCUGGUGUGCAGCCUGCAGAUGUGGAGGAAGUUGUCAAGAAGGGUGUGCAGACUCUUGUGAUUGGCCGAGGAAUGAGUGAGGCCUUAAAGGUGCCUCCAUCAACUGUGGAAUACCUCGAGAAACAAGGCAUUGAUGUGCGGGUCCUGCAGACAGAGCAGGCUGUGAAGGAGUACAAUGCCUUGGUUGGCCAAGGAGUCAAGGUGGGAGGUGUUUUCCAUUCCACCUGCUGAUGGAGCCUUAAAAGGACAAUAAAUCACU